GAGGAAAAGGCAAAAGAUCUAUCUUCUUGGCCACCACUCAAACGCCAGGUUGGCGCACCAAUUGCAUUAUCCCACGUGUCAGAAUAAAUGCGUCACGUCAGCGCGUACAUCCGUUUCCCCGAAAUCAAGAAAGCUGUUACUCCAAAAUACGGCUCGCAAAACAAAAUGCCUUUUUAAAACCUUUCAUACUCCAAUUCAAAUACGUUUACUUAGCCCCCAAGUGUAUACGAAGAUUAGAACAAGCACCCGGCCCGUACUGUAUAAAUACAAAAUCCGUACACAAAAACGAGAGAGAGAGAGAGAUUUCAAGAAUUCACCAAAUCAUUGUGCGCAAAGAUAUCCAUCCAAGAGUUCUGUAUAGGAGAAGGAAACUUGGAGGACAAGGAUUUUGAAAGUCGAAAAGUAUUUGAAAAGGACAGAGGGAGAGGGAGAGGGAGAGAGAAAGCAAGACCAAUAUCCCUUAUGAAGCGAAUGUCGUCUCAAAACGUUGAAAGGAAAUUGCGAAAGAGGGGCGAUGGAGGUGAAAUGAUAAAGGAGACUCUGCUCAAGUGGCAAAACUAUCACAACCACCGAUUUGAUUGCAGCGACGAUGGAGCAAAAAAUAGAAUAAGAAGGGCCCCAUCGAAGGGAUCGAGAAAGGGUUGUAUGAGAGGGAAAGGAGGGCCUCAGAAUUCUGGCUGCGCAUACAGAGGAGUUAGACAGAGGACUUGGGGUAAGUGGGUUGCUGAGAUUCGAGAACCAAAUAUCCCUGCUUCAAACACCCAGAAAAAGACGGGAGAAAGACUUUGGCUUGGCACUUUUUCUACGGCUGUCGAGGCUGCUCGUUCUUAUGACAAGGCUGCUACAAUUAUGUACGGUCCUGAUGCAAUUCUGAACUUUCCUGGCUGCUAUACCGAUUCGAUGAACUUGUCUAACAAGUCGUAUUCAAUUACUACACGUUCUGUAUCCACACCCGAGUCUAGGUCAAUAUCAGGCGACUGUGAGGAGGUCGCCAAGGAAUUGAAUACUAUGAGUCACGUAUCCACACCCGAGUCCAGGUCAAUAUCAGGCUACAUCGCAGUCGCCAAGGAAUUGAAGGAGAACGAAUGCUGGAGGGAUGAGGACAUGACGAUUAAUCAGAGUGAGCUAUGUAGAGAUAUUCAUGAGGUACUGACUCCCGGAAUAAGAGAAGUGCCGAAAGACAAUAAUUUAGAAGCUACGGAUUCAAAUACUCUUUACAAUGACAUAGAAGAACCCGAUUACAUGCAAAAUUUGGAAGACAAAACAAAAACAACUGAUUAUGAAAGUUCAGGAGGCGGUGGUGUAUGUGAACACAGAAAAGAUGGGAAUUGGGAUUCAGGUCAAUUGAUUAUGAUCCAAGCAACUGAUUUUGAGAGUUCAGGAGGCCCCGGGGUAUGUGGACACAGAGAAGAUGGGAUUCGCGAUUCCGGUCAAUUGAUUAAUGGAGAAAAUUUGCAAUGUGAUAGGACAUCCGACCAGAUUUGCCAGUUGCAGAACCAAGAGCAUAAUAGUUUCCAGAAUCUGUUGAAAGAUGAAUCGUUGGACAUUGAACCUUUUAGCGCUUUUGGUGUUCAGGAGUAUGCAUUUAGACAAGAUGGAGACAAUGGAAAUGACCAAUUGUGGCCCUCUUAUGACCCUUUGCAAUACCAAGAUCAACUUGCUUACAUAGAAAAGAUUUUAAUGGAUGCGGAUUUUGACAUCCAGUCUCAGUUGGAGAAUGCCAAGGCAUGUGAAGUUGUCCAGAAAUUGUUAACAGCAGAAAUAUGCGACACUGAACCUUUGCAGAUAGAUAGCACCGAUGAUGGACCUAAACUGAGACAAGAAUUCUUCGAUGAAAGCUGUGGAACACCAUAUGAUCUGUCUGACCAGAUUCAAAACCUGGAAAUGCAAAAAUAUACGGGUAAUAACUUUAAUGGUUUAACCAAUGAAACGUGUGAUGUGAAGCCUUCUGGAGAUUCUGCUUCUGAUAUUCAUAUCCCUAAACUGCAACAAGAAGGUUUUGGAAACGAAACGACUUCAGAAAGUAUGGAGGGCAAUGAUUCCUUUUUUGAUGUGAAGCCUUCUGGAGAUUCUGCUUCUGAUAUCCCUAAAUUGCAACAAGAAGGUUUUGGAAACAAAACGACUUCAGAAAGUAUGGAGGGCAAUGACUUCUUUUUUGGCUUUUCAAAUGACGAAGAUUAUGGUUCCCUGAAUUCCUUGAUUCUGGAAGAAAUUGAUGAUGACAGUACGAUGACGGAUGGAGGACCUGAAGUGGAUUAAUUUGACGGAAGACUAGGAGACUAUAAUAGUUCAAUUAGAAGACAGAGAUCAAGAUGCAAUAUGAUUUUUGAACAGUCAAGAUGCAAUAGGUUGGAAACAUCAUAUAGAUCUACACUUGUAAAUAGACUUAAUGAGUUUUUUUUUUGCAAGUUGUUGUGAUUACUCAGUUAUGAUUCUGUCUGGUGACUAAAUACCUCAUUUAGUCAGUCGUCUUUUGAAAGAAA